GCUGGAGUAGUCAGAGGGAAGAAGGGAGGAUUGCAGAGCGGCACGUGGAGCGCUAGUAUUUCCCGGAGCCGAGGGGAACAGAGCCAUCCACUGAAGCGGAGUGUCGGGGGCGGACGGCAGCCCAGCUGGAAAGGGCGGCGGGGUCUGGAACGGACAGAAGGCUUCUUCUCAUUACCAGGGGUGAAAGGUGAAGCGCAAGCCCAACUCUCAGGGCAGGCCAACUGGAGCGCGGGUCUGCCGCUAACUGAUAAACACACGCACGCGUGCGCACACACACACACACACACAGUCAUACGCACAUGCUCAUACCCACACACACACACAUACCCGCAUACACAGGAGGGCCGGAGCAGACCAGGAGGGGGGCUGUGGAAUGCCUCCUCCGUCCUCUGAAGUGUCAAGAGAAGCCAGCAAGGGCUGAUUCACAGUAUUUUGAGAAACUCUGACAGCGAGUGGAAACAGAACCUCCGGGAGGCUGAAUCACACAGGGACCAUUAGCCAAACCCAAGGGCUUCUUCCCCCUCUACCUCCCGGAUCCUCUGAGGUCAGCUCCAGAGCGCGACUCUCCUUGUACGCACGAGCAGUGUUUGAAAACCCCGUCCUCUUCAGAUGGACUAUGAGCAUGCCCAUGCUCACUGUAUGCAACUGAGUCUCCAUUGUAACUGAAGUCAAAGGAGCGCAAGGACACUUUGAAAAGGGACUUUAAGCAGGAUGGCCGCCGGAGAAAAGAAUCUGGUUCUGGUUUUGGGGCUGGUUCUGCUGCAGCUGUGGGUGAACAUGGGGAUCUCAACUCAAGCAGCCAGGAGCAGCCAUCCCAGACUGACGCUGUCUCACAAAGAGCUCUGGGACCUCAACAGAACGUGGGUGUUUCAUGGCCCGCAGGGGGCGCUAGACCUACAGACCAUGCUGCUGGAUGAGUACCAGGAGAGGCUGUUCAUCGGAGGUCGAAACGCCCUGUACUCCCUGAGCCUGGAGCAAAUUAACACGGAUUCUCGGGAGAUACACUGGCCCUGCACAGCAGCUCAAGAAGACGAAUGUCUAAUGAAGGGCAGAGAAAAGUCUGAAUGUGCCAACUACAUCAAGGUGCUUCACCAGUACAACAGGACACAUUUGCUGGCGUGUGGAACCGGGGCAUUCCACCCAGUCUGUGCUUUCAUCAGGGCUGGACGCUGGACUGAGGACAGACUGUUUUACCUGGAAGCCGAUCACAUCGAGAGUGGACGAGGAAGAUGCCCGUUUGACCCCAACAGUCCUUGUGUCUCCACUUUCUCAAGAGGAGAGUUGUACAUCGGACUUUACACAGAUUACUGGGAGAACGAUGCCGCGGUCUGCCGUCUGAACAAUCACAGCUACACCAGGACAGAGCGAGAUGACAGACAGCAGCUGAACGAGCCAAAGUUUGUUGGAUCGGUGGUCAUUCCAGACAAUGAUGACCAGGAUGAUGACAAAGUGUACUUCUUCUUCACUGAAAAAGCUGUGGAUAUUGAAAGUGGGAACAAUGCUGUUUACACCAAGGUGGCAAGAGUCUGUGCGAAUGAUCUGGGGGGCCAAAGGAUGCUGGUGAACAAGUGGAGCUCUUUCAGCAAGACCCGUCUGAUCUGUUCUGUCCCUGGCCCCAAUGGGAUCGACACUCACUUUGAUGAGUUGGAGGACGUGUUUGUGCUGAAGAAGAAGGACGAGAAGAACCCGGAGAUCUUCGGCCUGUUCAGUACCACCAGUAACAUCUUUAAGGGCUAUGCUGUGUGUGUCUACCACAUGGACCACAUCCGGGCAGCUUUCAACGGACCUUUUGCCCACAAAGACCGCCCAGAGCAUCACUGGACAGCCUUCGAAGGCAGGGUCCCUUUCCCAAGACCGGGAUCGUGCGCCAGCAAGGUGAACGGAGGCCAGUACUCCAGCUCCAAGGAGUACCCGGACGAGGUGCUGCGCUUCGCCCGCGACCACCCCGUCAUGUUCCAGCCCGUGCACCCGCUGCACCGCCGGCCCGUCCUGCUCCGCACCAACGGGGAGAGGAGGCUCACUCAGGUGGCGGUGGACCGCGUGGAGGCCCAGGACGGCCACUACGAUGUGCUUUUCAUCGGAACGGAUAACUCUGUUGUGUUGAAAGUGAUCACUAUUUACAAAAAAGAGACUGAUACGGUAGAGGAAUUGCUUCUGGAGGAACUUCAUGUUUUCAAGGUUCCUGUUCCAAUAACUGAAAUUAUAAUCUCAGCUAAAAGGCAACAGCUGUACGUGGGGUCAGAGUUCGGCGUGGCCCAGGUGAAGGCUCACCAGUGCGACCUGUACGGGUCGGCAUGUGCGGACUGCUGCCUGGCACGCGACCCCUACUGUGCCUGGGAUGGGGUGACCUGCUCCAGGUACUACCCGGCUGGGAUCCAUACCAAAAGACGCUUCAGAAGACAAGAUGUUCGUCAUGGAAACGCCGCACAGCAGUGCAACGGCCUUCAGAUGAAUGGAGAGCAGCCCCAGAAAGUAGAGGAGAAGUCAGUGUAUGGGGUAGAGAACAACAGUACUCUUCUUGAAUGCAGUCCAAGAUCGCCGCUGGCUAAAGUCCACUGGUUUAUACAAAGAAGCACUGACAAGGAAGAGGUGAGAGCAGAUAACAGGGUAGUGAAGACACUGCACGGCCUCCUCUUCCUCAAACUGCGCAAGAUGGAUGCCGGCACCUACCUCUGCCAGUCCGUGGAACACGGCUUUAUCCAAGAUGUGGCGCGGAUCGCGCUGGAGGUCCUGGAGGAGGAGCGCGUGGAGGAGCUUUUCCACAGGGCGGAGGAUGCGGAAGAGGAAGGGGGAGGCGGCCAGCACAAGGCGCCGCACUGCCCCGUUCCCAUGCUCCCUCAUGGCUCCACCUCCAAGCUCUGGUACAAGGACUUCCUCCAGCUCAUUGGCUACAGCAAUUUCCACAAGGUGGAGGAAUACUGCGAGAGGGUGUGGUGCUCAGACAGGAGGCGCAAGAAGCUCAAGUCCCUGCAGCCCAAAUGGAGGUUCCCGCACUCGCAGGAGAGGCGAGGGAGGGCGCGGGGGGACCACCACCGCACGCCGAGGCACGCCCUGGUCACCUGAGAAACGCUCACCUCUCGCAGAACAAUAGAGCUUUUUUCCCUUUCAGUUGAACGGCACAGAACAAAGCAACGAUGCGACCUUUGGAAACAGAGCGGACAGAAUCUUGCUUUGUUAUUGGAUUCAGAUGGACUCAUCACUUAAGAAGUGCAAGCUGUGUAUGUGUUUAAAACCACUGUUUAGAGAAAUACGCAAUGUUGUAUGCGCAUAUAUAUAUUUUAGUCCGGUACCUGUUUAAAUUAUUGUAAUAUCAACUUGUGAUGUGACUGACGUACUAAUUUUGAAGUGUUCUCAUUAUCUAAAACUGGAAACAUACUGUAGUACUGUUCGAGAUUUUAAUGUAAUUGUGAGGCUUUCUCUCUAUGCUUAUGUAUUGGUAGCGUCAUGUGCCCACACUGUACCCUGUCUGAUGGCUCCCCUUAGCUGAUGGACAUUGCAUAACACCUCAAAACCUUUGUGGACAUCAAUCCAUGAAGUUUGAAAUAAGCUGUCACUUUGUUUUGUACAAUAACGUCAAAUGUAUCUUCAACAGAAAUGCCUGCAAAAGAAUAUUUUAAUUGAUGUAUAAAGCAAUUGACUGAAUGAACUGGGAGACAUGGCAUGGUAUUGCUGUAACGCAGGUAUGAAGUACCAAGUUGUAUUUUAGUGAUUGACACUUGGUCUGCUAUCUGAAACAGCAAUGCUCUGUCUGGUAGUUAUUAUGUAUGUUCAAUCAUUUUCCAGUUAUUUGUUAAUUUCAAAUUAAAAUUAACCUCAAAUCUCACUGUAAUAUGCAGGAAAGGAAAAAAAAUUCUGAAAGCCAGACGCCUUCAUCUCAAUUCUCCUACUGAGAUGUGAGCUCAAUAUUGUUCUUUUAGUUGGAAAAGCUCCACCCAAGUAACAAGAGAUGGACUGAACUGUUAAAUAUAUAAUUUUUUAUAUUAUAGUCAUGAUCCAGAUCUAGAUUAAUUGCGUACACGUCGACGAUUGCAUUUAUGAUUAAUGCAUAAUCCCCACCCAUGCAUGUCUGGAGACUCUCCACUGCCUUGCAGCUGUAAUCUAAGACACAGGUAUUCAGUGUUUAUUCAGACUGUCCACACUGCUGGCAUUCCACUAUCCAGCUUGAAUUAUCUAACAAUGCUGUAGGUCGGCUGAAUAAUUACCCACGCGGAAACCAAUCAGGGAUGUCAGAAAUUGGUCUGAGGAGAAACAAUAAUACUAGUGACAUCUACACACCGCUGGUGAUAUAGAAAAAUGUACUGAUGUGGAAAGGCAGUCACACAUUUUCCUGCUUAUGUCUGUGACACGUUCCAUUAGAACCAGGGAGCUCAAGUUAUUCCUGCGAUAGACACCCCCUCCUUCCCCCCAAACGUUCAGGUGCUUUGUAUUUUUGUAUUUACACGAACUGCAUUUUGUUCCUAAUGAUUCUUCGGUCACACCAUUUCCUUACUUCUGUUCUGUCAUCCAGAACCCAUUUCCAGCUUUUUAUAAAUAUCGCUCUCUGGCUCUUUUCCCGGGAGCUCCCUGUUGCGCAUCGGAUUUCAAACCUGUGAACCUGCCGUUUUCGGCAAACUGAGAAUGCCAUUCCUCUUCAGCAGCGUAUAAAUAAUUGCCAUUAAAGAUGCUUAAUCGUCUUUGAAAGUGUCACCUUUCCUGUGCUGUGGCUAAUACGCCUCGGCCCUGGCCACACUCAUAUCCACAUGGCAGACGGCUCACGGAAGCUAGCGGUCGCCUGCGCGUUGCUGGUAGCAAUAAGGUAAACAGCGGGAGGCCCGGCUUUCCUGGGAGCAGGUUAUCUUCCAUGUCAUGUUCAUUUUAGUGCUACAUUACAUAUAAGAAACAGAGCUUGUACUCAUUCACUGUGAAAUUGAAAGUCAAAUGCAGGGCAGCAGUGUCAUCUGUGGUAAAUCCACUGGCCAGUGAAUGAAAGAAACAGGCUGGCAAGCACACAGCUCCUGGUCAUGGCUAUUGUAUUGAUCCAUUUGUAUUAUGAGCGAUAAAAGACCAAGGCUUCGUAAGACUAUUGUAGGGGGGAUGUGUCUGGUUAUGUCAAACCUUUAUCAACCAAAAUUGCCUGUAAAUUGUAUAACACAAGUAUAAUAGUACCUGAUUGCAUUUGAAAGCCAUUAGUCAUUUAUCUGUUUAUAUUCUAUAUAAAAUCAUCCUAGGUCUAAAUAAGUAGACCUAGGAUGGCACUGAAAAAUCCUUGCUCAACAUUAAAAAACACACAAGCCUUGAUAGUGGCAUGACAAGUUCAGUGAGUGCAGUAAUCUAUUUUCUCCCUAGUCAUAGUUUUUUCUGAUAAAAGUAAAACAGGAAAAAAGACACUCAUUUUGAGAUUGUCUUAUGGAUGAGGAGUUGCAUUAGCAGCUGAAAAUGAUAAGGGGUGAACACAUUUCAAUUUUAACCGGGCAAAUUUGACAGAGUCCUGUGUUUUUAAUUUAAGCACAAUUAUAUCCUCAAUAUAUUCUCAAAAACCAUAUGCUUGAUAAAGAUGUGUUUUCUUUGUAUUUUAUCCUUUGUUAUGGACAUAAAUGUGCAGACCUGGUGUUAAACAUGGACCUUGUGUUUGUUUGCUUCACCUCCCUUGAUUCGGAGAAUGGCAGUUUCAUCGUUGUGUAUGGCAUUUGUCAAAAAACCUUGAACUGGUGUUGAGAUAAAGCUUCUUUAUUGUGCAGUAUCUGCAGUGUGACAAGCCACCUUGAAAACAAAGUGAAAACACCCUCCAAAUAUUUUAAAUCCAUAAACUCUAUUUAUGGAGUAUGAAAUCUUGCCUAUAUUUUGAACCAUUUCAAAUUUUUGUUAUUGUAUGUAUUUGCACCGGUGUCAGUAACAUAAUUUAUGGGCUCAAAUUGUUUUUGAGUGCGCUUAAGUAAAAAUUAUAAUAUGCACUUAAAAUGGAAA